UCUAUUCUGAAGCUGGGGCACAGGUGCCAGCAUUGGUUCCAGCACUGGGGAAAGCUGGACAACUCCUUGAGGGAUUCUACUCAUCCUGAGGCUGCACAGGGUUAUAGAAACAUGUCUGGGGACUUCCAGAGACCAUGGGUGGGAAAGCUGUCACCCAGAGCAGCUCAGACAGCCUCCCCCAGCCUCUCUGGAGCCAUAGUAACAUCUGGGGGCAAACAUCUCUCUGCUUCAGGAAGCCCAGCAGCUCUCUAGGCUCCAGGAAUUGAUCUCAGUGGUGGGAAAGGCCCACAUUUCCCAGGGUCUUCCAGCAGCUGCCUUAUUCCAGACCAAUAGCCACUGGCAAAGACGUUGCACCAGGAGCUGGAGUCAGGCAGGUCUGUCGGUUGGGGUAGGAGCAGUGAGGACAUCCGGAGUUCUGACCUGACUUGCCAGGAUCAGGGCAAGACCCAUUUUGAGAGACACCCUCGCAGACCCGAGUGGGGCAAAUGGCAGCAGGCAGAGCCUCUGUGAAAGGCAAAGGCUGCUACAGGAGGAGAGGGUCAAAAAACGGAAACAAAACGGAAAAGGGCUGCUCCUGUGACAGCGAUGCAGCUGCGGAGGUGGAGCAGCGGGCAGGUCACAAUCAGCUGCGCACGAGGAAGUGCUGGGACACCAGCCAGCGUGGCCAGGCUGCAGCAGCUCCAGGUGCAGCAGAUCUUUGUUGAGAAGGACCAGGAGCAGAGGCAACCAGAACUGCAGGGACCUCAGCCAGGACUUGGAGAUCCCCUUUGCAGGAGUCGUCUUCCAGCCAAAACUUCCUUCUGCCAAGCUGGUCGGAUCCUGUCUUGUGCUUCCUCUGGAAGCCCCCUGGUCUGCUGGGGGGCACCAUGGAGACAGCAGCUUUACCAGCUUCACACAGACUUAACCCAAACCCCUAAUAAGGGGUUUGGAGGAAAUCCAUCUUGGGGAAGAAAACUGCGACACUUCACCAGCUUCAUUUGACAGGCUGGGAUUUAAUCAAACCCCGUGAUGUCCAGAAGUGCUCCCUGGGGAAGUGGAAAUCAGACAGAACAUCUCAGCAGCCUUCUCCAGAUUGUCAUCUUCUCACACAACUGAGCUCUGCCAAAUUGUCCCCACUUCUCAACUGGCAAGGAGGGGAUAUCAGUGUCCCAUCAGCACAGGCUGGGCUGUGCCCUCCCUGGUGAUGACCACCGAGUGACACCUUUCCUGAGCAUCAGUGUCCCUGCAGGAGCAGAGGGCGGCCCUCCAGGUCACACUCAACGAUGUCACUGUCUGUGCGCCCGCAGCGCCGAGUCCUCGUCACCAAGAUCAAUAGGAGCCAGUCCUUCGCCGGAGUGAACUCAUCGGCCGACCGGCCCUUCAGGAAUCUCUCACCUUUCACCCCCACUGUCUCCCGCAAGACUGGCUCCAGGGUCAGUAGGAUGUUCUCAAUGUCCCACAAGUCCCCACCACCUAAGGUGCCUCAGCCCAACCGCCUGGACGAGGUGUACGAAGCUCUCAAGAAGGGCCUGACAGCCUACCUGGAGGUGCACCAGCUGGAACUAGAGAAGCUCAGCACACAGAUCCGUGAGUCCAAGAGGAAUUCACGCCUGGGCUUUCUCUACGAUCUGGAUAAGCAAGUGAAGUCAAUCGAGCGCUUCCUGCGUCGCCUGGAGUUUCAUGCCAGCAAGAUAGAUGAGCUGUAUGAGGCUUACUGCAUCCAGCGGCGGCUCCGUGAUGGAGCCCACAACAUGGUCAAGGCUUACAGCACAGGCUCGCCAGGCAGCCGGGAGGCACGCGAGAGCCUGGCCGAGGCCAGCAAGGGCUACAAGGAGUACACAGAGAACAUGUGUCUGUUGGAGAAUGAGCUGGAGAGCCAGCUGGGCGAGUUCCACAUCCGGAUGAAAGGAUUGGCAGGCUUUGCCCGGCUUUGUGCUGGUGACCAGUAUGAGAUCUUCAUGAAGUAUGGACGGCAGCGGUGGAAGCUGCGAGGGCGCAUUGAGGUGAACAGCAAGCAGGUGUGGGACAGCGAGGAGAUGGUUUUCUUGCCCCUCGUCACUGAGUUCCUCUCCAUCAAGGUGACGGAGCUAAAGAGCCUGGCCAACCACGUUGUGGUGGGCAAUGUGUCCUGUGAGACCAAGGACCUCUUUGCAGCUCUGCCCCAGGUAGUGGCUGUGGAUAUUAAUGACCUGGGCACCCUCAAACUCAGCCUGGAGGUGACCUGGAACCCCUUUGACAAGGACGACCAGCCCUCGGCAGCCAGCACUGUCAACAAGGCUUCCACGGUGAACAAGAGGUUCUCCACCUACAACCAGAGUCCGCCUGACACGCCGUCCCUGAGGGAGCAGGCAUUCUAUAACAUGCUGCGGCGCCAAGAGGAGCUGGAGAACGGCACAGCCUGGUCCAUCUCCUCUGAGUCCUCAGAUGACUCCUCCAGCCCCCAGCUGUCCAGCAGUGCCCGCCAUGCCACACACAAGCCCAUCGUGCAGCCUGAGGUGCAGGCCUCCGCCCCUGCCAUCGAGAUCUCCUUCUCUCAUCAACCAGAGGAAGCUGACGCCGUGCUUGGGGCCAGUGGCAGCAGUGUCCCCUCUGCUGGGAGCCAGCUGGAGGAGCCAAGCAGCCAUAAGAAGGAGACAGUGGCCAAUGGGCAUGUGCCCUACUCCCGGACUCUGAGCCACAUCAGUGAGGCCAGUGUGGAUGCCACGAUGGAAAUCAAGACUGUGGAGAGCCCUUGGGAGCCUGUGCCCAGCACAGAGGACACAGGGAUGGGCAAGCAAGAUGACCACCCUCUGCCUGGUGCUGCAGUGGCAGCUGCUGUGGCAGGGCAGGACAGGGCCACUGAGGCCAAACCUCGUGCCUCCGUGGCAUGGGCCACCUCCUGCGAGGAGGAGGCUGGCAGUGCAGAGCCAGUGCAGAGCCAGGCGCCAGCACAGAGUGACUAUGGCACUGGGAUCCCUACAGCACUGGCACAAGCCUCUGCAGAAGAGAGGCCCAUCCCAACCCCAUCACUGCCCACCAGCAUCCCUGAGGUGCCACGGGGGAAGAUGGUGGAUUCAGGUCUGGAGGAGGCAAUUGGCCUCCUGGGCUCAGCUCUGGAUGACUAUCGGGGACAGUUCCCAGAGCUGCAGCCCCUGGAACGGGAGCUCAAACGUCUGGAGGAGAUGCUGCUGCAGAAGCAAGGCGUCUUCCUCAGCCGGGCCUCCAGCAUCAGCCUGACAGUGGAGCAUGCGCUGGAGAGCUUCAGCUUCCUCAACACCUCUGACAUGGAGGACUCAGAGGGCUCUGAGGAGGAGCCUCUCCAAGAUGAGAGGAGGGCUGGCAGAGCCCUGCGCAGCACCAGAGCCCCCAGCGCUGGCGAGAUGGGGGCAGAUGACACCGGAAUGUGCAGUGGUUCUGAGGCCAGCACUGACCCCAUGAGCACCGGCAAUGAGUUCCUGGAUAAGGCUCUGGUGCUUCACCUCAACAACUGCAACCGGCUGCUGCUGAAGCUGGGCACCUUUGGUCCUCUGCGGUGCCAGGAGAUGUAUGCCCUGGACAGGCUGCUGCGGGAGUCACAGGUGCUGGAGAUCGUGUGCCAGCUGACGGAGGAGCGCGCAGGAGCAGCCAGCUCAGCCGCUGAUGUGGUGCAGUUCUCAACACGGAAGGAGGGCGUGCUGCCCCUUUGGGACCUGUGUGUGGAAGUGCCCAAUGUCUACACCUGCCCUGUGGAGCGGUUCCUGCAGGUGCUCAGUGCCCAGUAUGCAGCUCCCAUCAGCGAGCAGCACUCUGGUUUGGCUGAUACUGUGUGUGUGAAACUGGUGGAGGAGGUGCUGAAUCGGCGGCUGCCCCGGCGGCCUGGCAGCGCCCAGAGCGAGCAGGUCACCAUCUUCCAAUACUGGAGCCACUUUGAGUCACUUGGUCCCCUGGUGCUUGACACUUAUAUGAUGGAGCUGGCAGAGGAAGCACUGCUGGCACAGAACCUCAACUCGGACGACCAGGACGUGGUGCUGCGUGCCCUGAAGCGCAUGCCCGAGGGCCGCCUGAAGAAGGAGGGGCUGAAGGCGCUGAGCCUGCUCCUCGUGGAGGGCAACAGCAAGGUGGUGAGCGCCGUGUCAGCCCAGCUCCGCAGCCUGGCAGAAAACCCCCGCUUCCGCCAACGGGCCCUCGUGUGUUUCCUGGAGCAGCUGGAGGAUGAGGAGGUGCAGACACGUGUGGCAGGGUGUGCAGCGCUGGGCUGCUUGAAGGCCAAGGAGAGCAUCGAGCAGCUGGUUUACCUGUGCCAAACCGACAAAGAGCCUGUGCGGGAGGCAGCCAAGCAGAGCCUGAUGCUGUGUGGGGAAGACGGUAAAUCAGCUCACCGGCGACUGGAGGAGACCCUGGAUAGCCUCCCACGGAUCUUUGCACCAGCCAGCAUGGCCAGUACAGCUUUCUGAGACCCACGCACACCCACCUGCCAUCCCUGAGGGCAAAGGCACUGCUGGGCCACCCGGGCUUGCACGGACUGGGGACCCGGCAGCUCCGCUCCCGGCAGCACACCACAGUAUUACCCCACCCGCCGGCAGCUCGCCAUGGCCGCACACUGCCUUACGGAGCACCGCUUCCCUGUCCCCGGCCACCGGCCCCACGGGUGCCACCUCCACACCACUGGGCAGGGGGCUCGCUGCACAUCCCACCCUCUGAUCGCUAUUUAAAGUACCCAGGGAGUCCACCCUUCCUGCCCCCCUCGUCCACUACAGCUGCCAGGACUGGGGUGGCAGGGAGAGGUACCAGAUUUCUCUGCCUCCUCUUGCCUUCCUCUUGCUUGAGGGCAUGCGCCCUGUCCCGGAAGGACCUGGAAGGACCUGCACUUUGGAAACCUCGCUGUUUCUUUCCGGGAGCUGUCAGGGCCAUGGGGACUGCUGCCCUCUGCCACCUGGAGUCCCCAGGACUUAAAUAAAAUGAAAUAUAAGAUAUUAAUAUAUUCUGCUGGCGUUUCUUCUUUCCAGCUCCACGUGCUCCUGUCCCUCCCUGGCUUGUGGCUUUAGGGAGUGUAGUGAGAUGUGGCCUCAGCCCAGAGCCUUUCCUGGCCUGUUGGAAAGAGCUGUGGAGGGCAGGGGCAGGAGGAGCGAUAGAGGGAUGGACAGACGGAUGGACAGAAGCUGCCACCUUUUUUGUUUGUUUGUUUUGUUUUAUUUUAUUUUUUAUUUACAGAUUUUUGCAGAAAAACAAAAGCAAAAAAUUCUUUUCUAUAUUGUCUCUAUAAAUCUAUAUAUAAUGUAAUUACAGAGAAUGACUAAUUUUGAUUUUAAAGCAGAAAUAAAAACCUUUAAAGAGCA